AUGCAACAAUGGACUAAUGGUAUUAAAAAUUAUAAUUCGUUUAAAGAUGAGAAGAUAGACCUAGAUUCCGUUGGAGCAAUAUGUAUAAAGUCUCCAGUUAUUAUAAAUGACACUAACAAGUCAUAUGCCUUGGAUGAUCCCCACCUGUCUACUACUCGCAAAUUUUACGAAGCUUGUAUAAAAGGUCCUUAUGAUUCAAAUGAUCAUGUUAGAGAUCAGUUGCGUCAGUUAAUUUCGAUGGCAUUCGGUGAAUGGGAUUUAUUGACAUCUCUUUCAACAAAUGUGACAAAUACAUCUAAGGCUGCCAGAAAUAUUCUAAAUUUGAGUCUGACUGAUAUAUACCUACCACUGAUAAGCACAACAGGGCAUUCACCCUUAUUUUCAUUGGAUAUCGAUGAAGAGGAUCGAGCGAUUCGAAAUGGAGUGUCAAACAUGAAGGAUAUGCUUUAUGUAUCAGCUGAUUCACUAAAUAUGAAAGUGUCACAGUAUUCGAAACUUCAUGGUGCUUUUCAGUUUUUUGACCGUCUAGUUAAUGCUUUCUUGGAUCCACAAACAUCCACACCAUUUAAAACAAACCAAUCGGUUAGCAUUGAAGAAUUAAAGGCCAUUUGUCCACCGAUCGAUUGGGAUUAUUUGUUUGACAAAGUGUUCAAUCAAACUGGAUUUAGAAACUACCAUAAAUUACCAAUAAAGGUUGAAGAAAAAUUUUCGCUACAAUAUCGUUGUGGAUUCCAUCAAGUACAAUUGGAAACAGAUGAAGAUAAAAGGUCACUACGUGAUUCGCCAACUUAUUUACCUGAGGCCUACUAUUUGGCUAAUUUAAACCGCAUAUACAUUUACGCCGGAUUGAUGCAACCACCAUUUUAUGAAAAGUAUGAAGAUUCACCAACCAGAUACAUUGGAUUGGGUUGGAUUAUAGCCCACGAAUUUAUGCAUGCUAUAGAUAUUAUAGGUGUUCUCGAAGAUUUCAACGGGAAUCAACGACUAGGUAGAGCUUCUCAUGCAGGAAUGAUUGCAAAUAUGAAGCAAACAGAUUGUCUACGAUCUCAUUACAAAAGACAUCCUGAUUCGUUUGAGAAGAGCGAUAGAAUUGGGACGCGUAAUGAAAUUUUGGCUGACAAUGGAGGAUUGAAAAUAAUGUACAAUACAUACCGGAAAUUGCAAAAUAGACAACGUGUUCAAAAUACAAGCGAAAUCUUAGCUUUCGAUCGAUUAUUUUUCCUGAAAUUUGCACAGACUUUAUGUGGCCGUGUACACAAGGAUUCACGUUCCUACCACAAAAAUCACGUUGAUCACAUUGUACCUCGAUAUAGGGUGAUAGGUGCUUUGUCAAAUACUGAAGAAUUUGCUAAAGCUUAUAACUGUCCAAUUGGUUCACCAAUGAAUCCUGUGAAGAAAUGUAAAUUGUGGUAA